CACAGAACCACGUACACACCCAGAGACCCCAAGCCACACGACCUUAUCAUUUCCUCCCCUAGACACAGGCUGCAGAGCUCCAAAGCAUGGAAGGCUGUGGUGAGGAGCAGGAGGGAGGUCUUGAAGCCCUCGCAGCUAUCCUUGAAGACAUCGGUGACAUCAGAAAAAGCAGCUAUGUGUCUUCCCUCUCCGAGGAAGCCGGCACAUCCGAAGAUGAGGAAGAAGAGCUGGAGGAGCAAGGAGCCUGGGAGGAGGGCCAGAAGAAACUGAUGGAAUUAGAAGAAGCCUCCCAGGCCCUGCUGACUGAGCUGUCUGUCCUGGAGGCUGAGUGCCAGGUGGAGAGAUCCUGCAGGGAGCGGGCAGAAGUCUAUGCUGCUCAGGUGAGCCAGGAAAAUGAUAAGCUGAAGCGCCUAAGUGUUGCCCUCCUCCCCUGCCUGGGCCCCCAGCCUCUGCACAUCCUGCGCCAGGAGCAGGGUCCCCCCUUAGAGCCCAGCCUAAGUCCAGAACAGCAACACAUCAGAGAUCUUGGGGCUCAAGUGGCCGAACUCCUUCAAGAGAAGAAGGAACUAGCCUUUCAGGUGCAAGAGCUCAGGAGGCAGCUGAAGGAGCAGGAAGAGCAGAUUCAGAAGGAGCGGCUGGAGCAGAGCUCCUUGCAGAUGUCAAUGGGGCAGUCUCAAAGAGCCCUGGCAAAACUGAAGCGGGUGUCCCACCUGGUACUGCAGGAGUGUGGAGAGGCCUUACAGCAGCUUAACCUAGAACAAGAGCUUCGCCAACAAGCUGAGAUCUUCGCCCACAAGAUGUUGGUAGAGAAGAAGGAGGCCCACCGACAGAGUGCCAUGCUCCUGCAGAACCACGACCCCAGCACCCAGCUGUCCGCCGCCCUGGAGGAGGCAGCCGCCCUGAGCAGAGCCCUGGAGGAGGCCGAGCGUCAGCACCGGGAGCAGGUAGUAUCCUGGGAAGCAUCCCAGGAGGAAGUGGGAUGUCUCCAGCUGCAAUUGAGGGAGGCAGAAGAGAAGAACUCCCAGCUGGAGGCCUUGGUCUGUGCCCUGGAAGAAAGGGUGAAGAGGGCUGAAAUCCCAAGCCAGGAGCCAGAGGCUCUGCCUCCAGCUCCCCCACCACCGCCACCACCGCCACCACCACUGCCUCCACCCUCUGCUCCUGCAGCAGACCCUCUUCAAGUCAUCCGGCUGAGGCGAGGCCUGAAGCCACAACCAGCCCUGGCAGCCCCCUCCCUGGAAGAGAAGAAGGCAAAGGCAGUGCAAGAAAUGAUGGACAGGAUUCGUCGAGGAGUCGUGCUGAGGCCGGCCUCCAGAGAGAAGGACCCCAGUCAGGACCGAAGCAAGCGAAGGAGUGCUGCAAUGACUGAGCUGCAGACCAUACUGGCUUCCAAAUGCCGGCCCCUGCACAGGGGCAGCAGGAGAAAGAAGAGCAGCCGGAAGGACUCCGAUGGUCAGCUGUUGGCCAUCCUGCAGAGAAGGCGCCACCUGGUUGACUCCACUUCGGCAGAGCCCCAGGAUGGCACAGGGACAGGGGGCAAAGGUGUCCACAGGGCUGAAGCUCAAGGCACCAAGAGCCGGGGCCAACGUGAAAACUGGAGAUCCGGGAACGGAACUGUUCAGAAAGACAAGGAUGAGGCUAAACCAAGUCUUCCUGGAGUAGAUCGAGUGACUCCUGUGGCUGAGUUAAGAAGCCAUCAUGUGACUGACCGUUGCUUCAGCAGGGAGACAAAGGAAUGCUCAGCAGAGCCAGACCGGGCAGAUCAGGCCUCUAUUCCCCAAGCGCAGGUCAGUUUGAGGACCCCAGCUCUGUCAAAGGCAUCUGUCCUUUGGGGCCAGCCAGAAGCCCUCUAAGAAAACCAUGCUCCCUAACCUCCUCACCUCACCAGAGUGUCCUGGGAGGAUAAGGCAGGAGCAACAGGAGAUCAGGAAGUCCCUGACAACUUCUUAGGGAGGAGGGAGGUGGUUAAGAGCGAUGAGGAAAGGACAUGUAUCUCAAAGCUAGCGACACUGGUCUGUAGCAGGAUAGACCACAGGAUUAAGGGCACUGUGCUCAGGUUACAGCUGCCCCUCCCCUAGGAAUCCCUGAAGUCAAAGGUCCCCUUACCCCAAACACACUCCAACCUGAACUACCCACUUUCCAGGAAAGAUAGGGUAUCAGACAGAGCUAAGCCUUUGGAUUCAGGAGCAAUAGGGAGGGGAAUCAUUCUCUCAAAGGCCUGGAACACAAAUGCUACCCACCUCCAACUUCCCUUCCCUGUCCUGAGUUCUGCCCAGGCCCUGUCAUUAAAA